AUGAGGUACCUGGAAGAGAGCCACACGAGGCUGUGGGAUCUGAACACGUGGGGUCAGAUCACUGUCCUUGUGCUGCAGAGGCUGCCUUGUCUCGCCCUCACAGCGGAGGCUGGCAGAGCCUUGCCUGUUACACACUGCAUUUUCUUCAAGAAAGCUCCACCGUGCACAUAUGACACCCAGCUUAUCUUUAACUUUUUACUGGAAGAAAUGGGCGAGCGCAUUGAUGACCUUGAGAAGCAUGUUGCUGACCUGAUGACAGAGGCUGGGAUAGAAAACACCGAUGAAGAGUUGAGAGAGCCAAAGAAUGCUACUGGUUUUUUGAAAGAAAAACUGGAGCUUGAUGCAUCUGUUCCACCAAGUGCCACAUACAAGGGCACUGAAAUGAAGAUGUGACCAAGAAAGAUAAAGGGAGAACAGCACCGCACUGAAUCUGGGAGUUUACGAUCAGUGUCACUAGUCACAAAAAGCAUCAGUGAAAACAAACACACUUGCAUCAUGUCACAAUAGAAUCUCAAAUUUUAUUUUCAACUAUUGCCCCAGGAAAAAAAGUAGAAAGCUGGGUUUAUUUGUCUAAAUGGGACACUAUUUCCUGUAAUUGGGAAAGAACUACUAGUUUCAGGGGAGGCAAAACCACUAUUUUGGACAGAAAACUAUAUCCUGUGUAGUGAACUUACCCAGUCGCAACCUUUUUCAAUGUAUUAAAAAUGUAUUUCAUUUAUUUUAAUAAUAUUAAAAUUUUCAUCAUAUUUCUUCGUUGCCUUUUUAACUUCAAUGUUCUCAGCAUAGCAAGAUCCUUCUAUGACAAAACUUUUCCAUUUGCUUGUGCCAUUUUAAUGCUGCGUUAAAUCUUUUACAUUACAAAAUAACAUCUUAUUUGACGUUAUUACAAAGGUGCCUUUGCAAAACUUCAUAGGUCCAAUGAAGAUAAACUGUUCUGCACUGAAAGCAAUGGCAGUAUUUGCAGAGAUUACAGCUCUUCAGCUGUUACUCUUUCCACAAGCCCACCCAAAGCUGUGCACACCUGCGCAGGUGACAUCAUCCAGGCAUGCAUGCUGUGCCCAUUUCAGUUCUUCAACAUUAGCCAUUUUGAUGAAAGAGCCUAAAGACUUUGAGAUAGAUAGGAAUUAUAGUUACCGAACACAUCCCGAACAAGACAUGCCAGCGCCAAAGAAACAGGACAUCCGCACUAACUGUAAGGUUCUUGUACACCAAAA